AUGUCCGAACUGACGUGUUUCGUUGUUGAUGUUGGUUCUCUUAGUGGUGACCAAUGGUUAAAGGCUUUUACAUAUGUGGAAUAUGUACUGUUGAACAAAGUUCAAUCUCAGAGAAAGACAGAUUACGUGCAAUUAAAUCUAGUUAAUGUGUCAUCCAGCGAUGAGUCGUUGCCCGUGAAUAAUAUGGCCAUGUUGCCCGUGUUACCACGGGCACCAAUCUCCAUCUCAGACGUUAGAAGUUGGUUGGGACAAUGGUACGAUGAGAGGAAUAACACUACUGGCAAUGGAGAGGAUGACGAUGACGAUAUGUUGUUCAAUGGGCUAUUGAUCAGCGUGUUAAAGUUGAAAGAGUUUGUUGGGAAACGUAAGAUGAAGGUUAAGAUUGUGGUGUUCAGUUCGCAGGACUUGCAAAAUGUGACAGAUGAGGAAUUGUCCACAUUCGCUGAUCAGUGUCCGUUUGAUCUCGUGAUAGCAGAUUGCAAUGACAAGCAAGGCCACCAGGAGUCUAAACAUGGCAAUUGGCUGAAAUUAGGUACUCCGUUGGUAUACGGUAUCGAUGAGCUUAUUCAGUCUGUUGCUGACCCGAAAUUGAAAUUGACUAGGCCCAUUAGGACGUUCCAGGGCCAGUUGAGGUUGGGUGACGUUAACGCAUCAGAUUUGGGAAUACCAUCGUUAUGUAUCAAUUUGGAAGGUGUACCAGGUACGAAAUCUGUGAGUUCUAUUUCCAGGAAGGUGAUGAGGAAAGAGGGUUCCUCAGAGGGGCAACCCACGUACCGUGCUGUUAAAUCAGUUAUCGAAUACCAAAUCGAAGAUCAGAGCGCGAGUACGAGUGCAUCCCCGAAGAAAGAAACUACCAGGAAGGACGAUGAUGGUGAUUCCGGUAAUAACACUGGACCCCGGAUGAUUAACGUCAGUAAAGAUUUUAUCAAGAAGGCGUACCGGUACGGUGCGGAUUACGUAGACUUACCGAUGCCAUUAGACGAGGAACGGAAACUCUCCGAGAAACCGGGACUUGACAUAAGAGGGUUUAUGGAUAUAGAUAAAUUGCCAAGACAUUACCUUUGUUCAGAGUCCAUGUACUUAGUUCCCGAUUCCAAGAACGGUUCUAAAGGUGAUUUCUUAGGAUUUGUCACGCUAGUAGAUUCUUUAAUCAAGAUGAAAAGGUUGAUCAUCGCUCGGUUUGUACCAAAAUUCGGUAACGAGGUACAGAUGUGCUCUCUUUUCCCCGUUAGAGUGCACGAUAAAGAUCGCAACGAGGUACGUUUACUCGUAUUAAAUCGUCUUCCAAUGAGUGAAGAUGAAAGAAACAGUGCGUUCCCCAAGAUGUGCGAAUCUACCGAGUUGGAGCCCGAAGAUGAGGCAAUGGGCCAAUUUGUCGACUCAAUGAAUCUGGAUAAUGAUGCACAGGACUUGCCAUGGUACGAGAGUGACCAGAUACAGAAGUAUACAGACGUGGCACUGGAGCAGUCCUCUUUGCCCCUACCACAACGUGAAAUGUUCCGAGCCACUGCAAGAAACCCAUCAGCAAUCCCAGCUAUCUCACUACAUAGACAGCAGCAAGUGAUCCUCGAGUGCGUUCAUCAGAAGUUCAUCGUUGGGAAACGGGAUCAACAGGACUUAAACAUCCCACCGAUGAGCAAGAUGAUUCUCAAGAAGAUUACUCCAAAAUACAACGCUGACGUUUCUCUGUCGAACAGGAUCAAGGAACAGUUCAACGUAGUAAAGAAAGAGGUGUCGGUACAAACACCAGUGAAUAUUGAACAAGAGUUUGAAGAACAAGACCCUGAAUUGCUCGAUUUGGACCUCUUAUUAGCGCGCGGUGCACGCUAG